CUCUUGGCUCCAAACGGUAAACCUCCCAGGCACCAUGGCACCAGGCCAAGAGGCGGAGUUGCCGGAGGAUUUUACCAUAGAUAAGGAUGCAAGAUACACUGGCACAGUGCUAGACUACAACAAGUGGAGAGGAUUUGGUCACAUUUCUCUCGAUCAGAAGGGAGUGGUGCCGGAAGACAAGCUCUUCGUUCACUGGAAGAACAUUCAGACGGAUGAUCGAUUCCCUCGGUUAAAGGAGGGACUGCAGGUUGAAUUUGGCCUGAUGAUGACAGUCAAGAGGCAGGACUUCAACAAGAGCUCAUCGGUGAAGGCGAAGACGGUGACACUGCCAGGUGGAGGCAUGGUCAAUAUCCAAGAUGCCAUGGAUGCCGAGAUCAUGACGUUUGUUGGCGCACAAAAUCUCCGGUACACUGGCACCAUCAAGUUCUUCGACCAAAUGCGCGGUUUCGGCUGGGUCAUUAUUGACGAUGGCUUCAGCAUGGAGGAACCAGUGCCCAAAGAAAUCAAGGUUCACGCCACUGAAUUGCACACUGGCGGAAAGCCCUUGCGGAUGCGAUUAGAUAAGUUGGCUGUUGAGUUUGGCAUUAUCAAGAGCAGGAAGGGGGACAGCUACUUGGCUUACAACCUGACUCUCCCAGGUGGCACUCCAAUCACACAGGAAACGUUGGAGAAUCGACAGGGUGAAGGUGGUCAGCGGUAUACGGGCACUGUCCAAUGGUGGCACAGGUGGCAAGGAUGGGGCCACAUUGCGCCUGAAGACACAUCCGCAUUCCCUGCACCAGUUCAGCAAAAGCUGGCUGAGGCGGCUGCGCAGGCCGCGGCGAAGGCCAAGCCUGGCGAGGCGAAGAGCGAGGAGAAGUUGCUGUACUUCAGAAAGGCAGAUUGUGAGUGGAGUCUCCGGCCGGAAGUUGGCAAGAAAGUCACUUUCACCGUCUACACAGAUGAUAAGGGAGCUGGCGCUACAGAGGUGUCCGCAGUGGAAUGAAGCAUAGCUGAGCCGUGCGCAGGGAGUUCCACCCUAGCAGACUCUCAAGCAAUGACCUGUGGGUGAAAGGAUAUAAAUCGCGUGGAGGU